CUAUGUCAGGUCCACGGAGUGAAGUAAAAUGGACUCGAAGGGUUAUGGCCAGCCAUCCGUGGGCUUAUGGGCUGAUCGCGACCGAUAGAAUCAGCGUUCUGCUUCCGUGCUUUCGCUCAUAAUCACUUUUCGAUUAAUUAAAUUUUACGCUCUCUGUCGUCGAUAAACAUUAAAUUUAACGGGCUUUUCCUGCCACGCCGUUACUACUCGUUACGGUCUAUAGGCGCGGGUCGAGGGGCCCUGGAAAAUACGAAACGUUGGUCGUUUCGUACGGCAGGUAGGUGUCUUUUUUUCCUUGUUUCUCCGUCGUUUCUAAUAUCGAUCCGUAUCGCGCGAUAUCAAUUCGGAUCUCGACGACGCGGGAGAACCCGGAACGAGAACGACGACGCGUCAACGAGCUCGCGAACGCUCCAACGACGAAACGACCGGAUCGCGUAGAGAGAACGAGUGUUAAUUGGAUCGAGCGUCUAGCAAGAAUAUCGGUUCAAUUAAGAAUGGUAACGAGGGAAACAUCCAAAGAAUAAUAAAAUGACGAUGGAUGUGAGUAAAAGCGAACCGAACAAGAACGGGGCUGUUCAACAGGACUGCGCAGGCUGCGGGAAAGCGAUUACGGAAAGGUAUCUUUUGAAGGCACUGGAUAUGUUCUGGCACGAAGACUGUUUGAAAUGCAGCUGCUGCGCGUGCAGACUCGUCGAAGUUGGCUCGACGCUGUACACGAAGGCCAACCUUAUACUGUGCAAGAGGGAUUAUCUGAGACUUUACGGAAGCACCGGUCACUGCUCGGCUUGCAACAAGCACAUACCGGCGUUCGAGCUGGUGAUGAGGGCCAGAACCAACGUUUACCACUUGGAGUGUUUCGCCUGUCAACAAUGCAGUCACAGAUUCUGCAUCGGAGACAGAUAUUAUUUGUACGAAAAUAAAAUACUAUGCGAGUACGAUUACGAGGAGAGGCUGGUUUUUGCAAACAUGGCGGUGCAUCCGCCUCCAACCGCGACCCUGGCACAGAUUAAGAGGCAAGUGACGCACCUUCAACCACAGACGAUAUCCACGGGAAGUCCGCAGAGGCACGCAAACGGAGAGACAACCCAUAACCACAAUGGAUAUCCCUCGCCAGCGAGCUCGAGCGCCCAUAACAUCCUGAACCCCAUGAAUAAUUUAAACGGCAUCAAUGCACAAACACCUUACGAUACCAAAUGACAAACGAAGUAAACGCCAUCGUAUCGAUCGAAUCGCGAAAGCGUGGCCAAAUUUGUUCAACGACACGGACGUCUCUUCUAUCAACGUUGUCUGUAUCGUAGUAUACACGUUCCGAAGGUUCGCUCGUUACUGGAAUCUCAGUAAGUCUGCUUUUACGGUUGAGACUACUCGCUUAAAGAUAACAACAAGGACACCAUUUUAACGACGAAAAUUUUCGACGCGUAAGAUCCUCUCAUUGACAUUUAUUAGACGUUAAACGCUUAUCGCGUCGCAAUGUUCAUGUCGUUAAAUCGCCAGUUCGACGGUUCACCCGCGCUCGAUUUUGACUGUCUCUGUGCGAGAGUCUCGAUGCUGUUCGAAUCGAGCGCGCGAAACGAUUGGUGCUGUUUAGAUGGAAUUUGAUCACUCGAAUUUCUCAAGUUGAAGUAGACUCUAAAAAUCGUCGGAGACGGAGUGAAUAGAACGAGAGAGAACGAGACAACGGCCGGCGGCAGGGUAAGGUUAGAGCUCACAGGGAAACAAUGCGGGUGAACCGAAUGCUCAGGGGUGAUCAAAGUUUGGCUGUUCUUGUAGUCGACUUUGCUGUCCGUUGCGGGCAACGCCGGUAAAUCUAGCUUUACCGGACUACCGGACUACCGGACCAACGGAGUACCGGAGAUAGAACUCGAGGAAUGGCCACGGGGUGAAAUUGGUGAGCGAGGUCGGCUUGGCAGAUCGAAUCGGUAGCUGACUUCGCCAUCCAGCCAGCCUGCCUCACCACCCCUUGGGGCUCAUACGUUAGGGGUGACUUAAGCAUUGUUUCAACUUCGAAUCUCCCGGUAGAGGCCCAGAUUGAUGUCGCGAACUUUUCCGUUGCCUUAUUUGCGAGUCAGAUAACGAGGCUGAGUUAUGCCAAAAGUUCUCUCUUUCUCUCGGAUUGGCCGGGCGCUAUCAGAAACGAGCAGCGUCUCGGAGAAAAUGUUUUAUUUCCGUUGUGCCAUACGCUUCGAAGAUUUGUCGGUGGCACCCCUCCGGAAACUGGUUCGCCAUCUUUCGAACGAUAAUAGGCUUACGUAAUUUUUGUCCAUCGAAUUCCCACUCUAAACCCGUUCGGUCGGCGAUCUCUCGGAAUACCGGAAAUAAAUGUCUGGGACGUUCAGAAUCGGAGUAAGGGAUGUUUGCUGGGAAACCUGAGAAACUAUAGAGAAAACUGAAAAUUAUCGUUUCUUUGAAUAUUUGAAAGAGCGAGGUCUGUGGCUACGAUCCUUAUCAACCCUUCCUCCCUUAAUCCGUGUCAGAGUAGAUUCGAAUUACGAUUAUCAAGCAUCACUCAACAUCGACACUUUUCUAAAAAGGUUGCUCUGCGAGUGAGCCUGCGAUCGUUGUCCAACUCCAUCGCCGUGUUUUUCUAUCGAAACGUGCAAACAUUUCCUUUGUAAUUUAUAGAUGUAACGAAUACUUCCACGAUACGCGCGUAGUUCCUAAUACUAAGCGUCUCGAAGAUGAACAUGUAACUAUCAACAAUGAGGAUGAAGAAGAGAAUGAAUUUAUAUCGUGUCGCACGACUACUAUCCGAUUGUCUAACCAAAUAACUCGCAUAGAUUACGAUUAGUAGCGGCCGUGGUUGGCGACAGCCUUCCAUUGACGAACGGAUUGCAAUAUAAUCAAGCCGCCUAUCUAAUGGAAAAACCGAAUCCGUCUCGUCUCGAAUGCCGAACGCAAUGUACGCGAUGCAUGUAAAAAAAAAAAAAGCUCUGAACGAGAAUACGUAAGGAAAUGUGUUACGUUCGCUAGUAUAGAUAUGUUUUGUAUCAUAGUUCUAUCAUAGAAAAAUUAAUGGAAAUAAAAUUACUGUUUCGAUGUUA